GCCUGCGUCCCGGGAACCCGCAAAAAGUCGGCGAGAAGUUCCCGGCGAGGGGCGUUCCGGGUCCCUGGGGCUUGCAGCGGGCCCGGGCGCGGGCGGGCGCAGGGGCGCCACCGGGGCGCGCGGGCGGGAACGCGCCGCGGCCGCCUCCCCCUCCCCUGCCCUCGCUCCCGCCCGCUGCGGCGGUGGCGGCGGCGGCGGCGACGGCGGCGGCGGCGGCGGCGCUUCCCCAGCGCGCGGAGCGGCUUUAAAAGGCGGCACCCCACCCCCCGGGCGCACACUCGCCGCUCGGGCGCCCGCCGCGGAGCCCGCCUGCCGCUGCCAUGCCUCCGCGCGCGCCGCCUGCGCCCGGGCCCCGCGCCGCCGCCACCGCCGCCGCCGCCGAGGACGCGGGGGACGCGGGGGACGCCGACCGGCCCGCGCCCCGGCCGCUGGCGCUGCGCCCCUGGAAGUGGCUGCUGCUGUUGGCGCUGCCCGCCGCCUGCUCCGCGCCGCCGCCGCCGCGCCCCGUCUACACCAACCACUGGGCAGUGCAAGUGCUGGGCGGCCCGGCCCAGGCGGACCGCGUGGCCCAGGCGCACGGCUACCUCAACUUGGGCCAGAUCGGGAACCUGGAGAACUACUACCACUUCCACCACAGCAGGACCUUCAGGAGGGCCGCCGUGCGGAGCAGAGGCCGCCACACCUUCCUGCGCAUGGACCCCCAGGUGAAAUGGCUCCAACAGCAGGAGGUCAAACGCAGGGUGAAGAGGCAGGUGCGCAGCGACCCCCAGGCCCUUCACUUCAACGACCCCAUUUGGUCCAGCAUGUGGUACCUGCACUGCGGGGACAAGCACAGCCGCUGCCGCUCGGAAAUGAACGUGCAGGCGGCGUGGAAGCGAGGCUACACGGGGAAGAACGUGGUGGUCACCAUCUUGGAUGACGGCAUCGAGAGGAACCACCCGGACCUGGCCCCCAAUUACGAUUCCUACGCAAGUUACGACGUCAACGGAAACGAUUAUGACCCGUCGCCACGCUAUGACGCCAGCAACGAAAACAAGCACGGCACGCGCUGCGCAGGCGAAGUGGCUGCCUCUGCCAACAACUCCUACUGCAUCGUGGGCAUCGCGUACAACGCGAAAAUCGGAGGCAUCCGCAUGCUGGACGGGGACGUGACGGACGUGGUGGAGGCCAAGUCGCUGGGCGUCCGGCCCAACUACAUCGACAUUUACAGCGCGAGCUGGGGGCCGGACGACGACGGGAAGACGGUUGAUGGGCCGGGCCGGCUGGCCAAGCAGGCCUUCGAGUACGGCAUUAAAAAGGGCCGGCAGGGCUUGGGCUCCAUCUUCGUCUGGGCCUCGGGCAACGGCGGGCGAGAGGGGGACCACUGCUCCUGCGACGGCUACACCAACAGCAUCUACACCAUCUCCGUGAGCAGCACCACGGAGAACGGCUACAAGCCCUGGUACCUGGAGGAGUGCCCGUCCACGCUGGCCACCACCUACAGCAGCGGCGCCUUCUACGAGCGGAAGAUCGUCACCACGGAUCUGCGUCAGCGCUGCACCGACGGGCACACGGGUACCUCGGUCUCAGCCCCCAUGGUGGCGGGGAUCAUCGCUCUGGCUUUAGAAGCAAACGGCCAGCUCACCUGGCGGGACGUGCAGCACCUGCUGGUGAAGACUUCCCGGCCGGCCCACCUGAAGGCGAGCGACUGGAAGGUCAACGGCGCCGGCCACAAAGUCAGCCAUCUGUACGGCUUCGGCCUGGUGGACGCGGAAGCCCUGGUCCUGGAGGCGAGGAAGUGGACGGCGGUGCCCGCGCAGCACACCUGCGUCGCCUUCGCGGACAAGAGGCCCAGGAGCAUCCCCGUGGUGCAGACGCUGCGCACCACGGCCCUGACCACCGCCUGCGCCGACCACUCGGACCAGCGGGUGGGCUACCUGGAGCACGUGGUGGCCCGCAUCUCCAUCUCCCACCCGCGCCGCGGCGACCUGCAGAUCCACCUCAUUUCCCCCUCGGGGACCAAGUCCCAGCUGUUGGCCAAGAGGCUGCUGGACCACUCCAACGAAGGCUUUUCCAACUGGGAGUUCAUGACGGUGCACUGCUGGGGAGAGAAGGCCGAGGGGGAGUGGACGCUGGAGAUCCAGGACAUGCCGUCGCAGGUCCGCAACCCGGAGAAGCAAGGGAAGCUGAAGGAGUGGAGCCUCGUCUUGUACGGCACGGCGGAGCACCCCUACCACACCUUCAGCGCCCACCAGUCCCGCUCCCGGAUGCUGGAGCUGUCCACCCCCGGGCUGGAGCCGCCCAAGGCCGCCCGGCCGCCCGCCCCGGCCGAGGGCCCGGAGGACGAGGAGGACUAUACAGCUCGGUCCUCCCCGGGCCCUCCUAGCGUGUCCCAGACCAGCAUGUGCCACCCGGAGUGUGGGGACAAGGGCUGUGACGGCCCCGGCGCUGACCAGUGCCUCAACUGCGUCCACUUCAGCCUGGGCAGCGCCAAGACUGGCAGGAAGUGCGUGAGCGUGUGCCCCGUGGGCUACUUCGGGGACUCAGCAGCCAGGCGCUGCCGCCGGUGCCACAGGGGCUGUGAGACCUGCUCGGGCCGGAGCCCCACCCAGUGCCUGUCCUGCCGCCGCGGCUUCUUCCACCACCAGGAGACGAGCACCUGCGUGAACCCCUGUCCCGCCGGGUUCUACGCGGCGGAAAGCCAGAAAAAAUGUCUGAAGUGCCACCCCAGCUGUAAGAAGUGCGUCGACGACCCCGAGAAGUGCACUGUCUGCAAGGAAGGGUUCAGCCUUGCGCGGGGCAGCUGCAUUCCCGACUGUGAGCCGGGCACCUACUUUGACUCGGAGCUGAUCCGAUGCGGGCAGUGCCACCCCACCUGCAGGACCUGCGUGGGCCCCAGCAGGGAGGAAUGCAUCCACUGCGCCAGCAACCUGCACUUCCGGGACUGGACAUGUGUGCCCGCCUGUGGCGAGGGCUACUACCCCGAGGCGAUGCCCGGCCUGCCCCACAGAGUCUGCCGGAGGUGCGACGAGAACUGCCUGAGCUGCGAGGGCUCCAGCCGGAACUGCAGCCGCUGCAAGGCGGGCCUCACGCAGCUGGGGACCUCGUGCAUCGCCAACCACACCUGCAGCAACGCGGACGAGACCUUCUGCGAGAUGGUGAAGUCCAACCGGCUGUGUGAGCGCAAGCUCUUCAUCCAGUUCUGCUGCCGCACGUGCCUCCGGGCCGGGUAGGGGCGGAGGCCAGGCCGCUCCCGUCCGUCCGUCCGUCCGCCCGCCCCCCUCUGACAGCGUUACCUCCUGCGGGGCCAGGGCCUGUGGCGGCAGCCGCUGUGGGCGCCCGGCCCGGGGGGUGGCGGCCCCAGGGGGUCCCUACGGCGACGCCCCCUCCGGCGCACCCCAAUGGGCACCCGGGCCCUGCCUGGGCACCCCCACGUUUACCGAAUCUUCAGACCAAAGAGAACGGCGAGCCCGUGGCCUCCCCGUCACUGCUCGCCGGGCUUCGAGCUCCUCCAAGGUCAACCUCAGCCGCCACGGAGCCGCCGGGCCGGUUCGGGGACGGGGACUGUGUGACCGGGGGCGGGUGGGGGGUCUGUGUCUGCAUCGCCCCGUCAGAGGCCGCAGACGCCCGAGGUCAGAGCCCGCGGCCCCGAGGGAAGGGGCUGUCAUCCCGGAGCCCCCGCUCCGAGGGGAGCACGGCCGCCCGGCACCGUGUCCCGGGGUCUCCCCGCCGCCAUGCCCGCCGCCGAGCAGCGUCCCGGCCGUCCCGCCGCGGGGAGCCCAGCCCGUGGACGGUGCGUCCACCGCGUGGAGUGGCCUCGGGGCCCGUGUCCCCCGGACUGUGCGCCAGGCGGCCCGCGGGACCCCUUGCUGCCAACCGGUGUGGGCGUGUCCGUCAGCCGCUCCGGCUCUCCCCGAGGGGGGUCCUGUGGACAGAGCCCCGAUAUUUCCCCGGAAAUGCACCGGUCGGCUCUGGGACCCGGAGCAGCCUUUGCCUUAAAUUCCUCUCGAGCUUGUACGGCUCCGUCGUGUCCGGCUCCCCCCAUCGGACCUUCACGCAUCUGACGGGUCCCGGGGCGCUGGGGGGCCCCCCCCGCAGGGGUGGAUGGAACCCAGGACACCGAGGGAGACGCCCUCAGAGCAAAUGCAGCGUUCACCCUAAGUUAAUAAAAUAAAAGAGUUAACAGCC